UCAGCUGUGAACAUGAUGACGAUCGUCAGUUAGCUCGUGCAGAAGAAACAGAAGGAAUGAUACGCAGGCGAGUCAAAGUACGACGACAUAGAGAACCAUGUGAUCUGGUCUUUUUACUCUCUGGAUGUGAUGAAAACCAGUCGACCUCUUAUGAUCACAAGUCUUCUCUCACUCGUCCACGGAAUCAACGGAACGUGUAUUUCAUUCUGGAAGUGAAGAGCGGCCACAGCCUUUUCUGAUUCUUCUGACUGGCUCAAAAAUUCUACGAGUCUCGUUGACCCAGUCCUAUCUCAACACGAUCCGUACCUCCGAUGGAAUUGUUUGUAACUCGGGUUGUCCACAACUGAACUAUUUCGUCAGCUGUCGACUUUUCACGACCUGUUGAUUACCAUCACAUCGAGGAAUUUAGGAAUACUUACAUUAUCGUAGUCUGUCAGGAUGCCAAGUGGUGCUAGUGGUGACGAUUUAUUGAAUAUCACUUGAUGUUCUUCGGCCAGUUCAGGUCUCUGUUUCAAUUGCGCUGUAAUGUCGCGUCUGAAGUAGACCACAUUGUUGGGCUGGGGAUCGACGUCCCUUCUCGUCGAAAAGGAGGUUAAUGAUGUCUCGACGGAAGUCUGUUACUGGUGCUCUCUGUUUCGAGUGGCUUUCAGUACUCGUUUGGACCUAUUGCUGGCUCGCUGCACAUGUUCAUGGAUUGUCACCCGAUGGUCAAAUUCUUCUUGAGAUCAAGAGUUCCUUCGUGGACACUCCAGGAAAUAUGAGCAAUUGGCUGGCGACAGAUGCAACUCCUUGCAGUUGGUUCGGUAUCUCGUGUCUCGAGGAUGGAUUAUCAGUCCGGUCGGUCACCCUCAGUGGACAUGGCUUCAACCUCUCAGGAGAAAUCUCUACCAGCUUAGGGAAGCUGGCAUAUCUGCAGGAGCUUGAUUUAGCUUUCAACAAUCUGAGCGGCCCCUUACCCAAAGAACUUGGCAACUGCUCUGAGCUGCGGUCCAUGCGAUUCGAUUCUAAUCCGCUCAUUUCAGGAACUAUUCCUCCUGCGUUCGGCAACCUGUCCAAAUUGCAAGACCUAAGUCUAUCCCAGCUGCAGCUUACAGGCAACAUACCCAUUGAGUUCGGUAAUUUGAAGAGUCUGCUGAGCCUGUCCCUCUACUCCAAUAAUCUCUCAGGCUCCAUACCACCAGCUCUGGGAUCUCUGCAUCAACUCUCCGUCCUUGAGCUGGCCAACAAUUCUCUUUCCGGCCCUCUACCUCCUGAACUGGGCAACUGCAAAAACCUCUCCAGCCUGAUUUUAUACAGCUUGCAGCUAGAAGGGAGCAUUCCGCCGACGUACGGCCAGCUGGAGAAAUUACAAGAGUUGGACCUCACGACCAAUCGACUGACUGGUGAAAUUCCACCCGAGCUCGGAAACUGCUCAAGUAUCACGCACAUUUACUUGGGCACUAAUUCUCUCAGCGGCCAAAUACCGGAGCAGCUUGGAAGACUUCAAAAUGUGAAGGUUUUGUUUCUAAACACCAACAGUUUUACAGGGGUGAUUCCUGCCGUGCUUGGAAACAUGUCCAGUCUCACGAACCUCACGAUAGGAGAAAAUUUACUUGUGGGAGAGAUACCUCCAACACUGGGGUUCUUGAGAGAUUUGAUGUACUUGAAUCUUUAUGAAAACAAUCUCACUGGAAAGAUCCCCGGUGAACUGGGCAACUGCACGAAGCUUGACUUCCUCUACCUUCCUUUCAACAAUCUAACAGGGAGCGUUCCACCUGAGCUCGGAAAUCUGCGGCUGCUGUCCUCUCUUCAGUUAUGGAAUAACAGCUUGAGUGGCAUUCCAUCUGAACUAGGUAAUUGCUCCAACCUCCAAGUGCUCGACAUCUACAGCAACAAACUGGUCGGCAGCAUUCCACCAGAAAUUGCUAAGCUCCCUCGGCUGCGAGAACUUCGUCUGUAUGACAACCAGCUCACCGGAACCAUCCCUUCUGAUCUUGGGCUUCACAGCAACCUCACGUAUGUCAUUCUUCGCAUGAACAAAUUGGCUGGACCUAUUCCAGCCGGGCUCUGUUCGUUUCGAAGCAUACUGAUUUUAGAUCUAUCGAGCAAUAUGUUGGAUGGUACAGUGCCAGUUGAUGUGACAAGGUGUCCGACACUUUAUCGCCUGCGCCUUCAGUACAAUCGACUUACAGGGCCGAUACCCAAGGAAAUCGGGCAGAACAAAGCACUAUUAUAUUUCGACGCAAGCUUCAACAACUUGAGCGGCAGCAUUCCCCCUGAGGUGGGCUUGUGUACAAAGUUGACCGCAGUACUGCUUUCUCAGAACAGUCUAAACGGCACAAUUCCGUCAAGCCUGGGCCAGCUUCCACUCCUUGUGGAAUUGAAUGUGUCUUCCAAUCAGCUGAGUGGCUCUAUCCCAUCCGAGCUUGGGAACCUCUCAACGCUCUACGAGCUGGACUUGAGUGACAACUCUCUGACGGGAGACGUUCCCCUGGAGUUGUCCAAAAUGUCCAGUUUGAGAUUUCUCAAUCUGAACGACAAUAGUCUAACAGGGCUUUCAAAUAUCUGGAGUUCUCUCGGCAGUCUUCAGGGACUCCAACUGGCAGGCAACAAGUUUUCUGGUUUGGUGCAUGCCGAGAUUGGCACGAUGACGUCUUUACAAAUAAUCCUGGAUCUGAGUAGAAAUCAUUUUUCCGGUCAAAUUCCUGCUGCGCUCGGUAGGCUGCAGCUGUUAGAAUACCUGGACCUAUCGCGCAACAAUCUGUCAGGACAGAUUCCCGAGAGUUUAGACAACAUGCAGUCCCUACUUUUUGUGAACAUCUCGUACAAUAAUUUGAUCGGGCCUUUGCCAGAAUCAUGGCAGAAAUUUAUUACUGCCGAUUCAGUGAUCGGAAAUCCUGGUUUGUGCACUUGGGAUGGGAACUGCAGCUCGUGGUCGCAAUCAACAGGUCAAGAAGGUGAAGGCGGUGACAAAUAUUCAAAUUGGGCAAUUGCUGGCUAUGCAAUAUCGGCUUUGGUGGGUGCACUGGCCUUAAUCUUUUUUGGGGUUGGUCUUUACCGUCUGAGGUCAAGAAGGUUGGACAGACGUGGGGCAGAAGGGUGUUUAGAAGUCUGGUCUAAAGAUGUAAAGUACAAGGAGAUUUCCUUGCAGUCGAUUCUCCGUGCCACAGGCGAGCUGAAUGGUAAUUGCAUUAUACACCGAGGAGACAGCAGCACUCUGUACAAAGCGUCACUGGACUCAGGGCAAGUGGUGGCGAUUAAGGUGCUCCGAGAGAAUGUAGACGACCGGAUGGAGAAAGAAUACAGGAGGGAAGUCGAGACCGUUGGAAUGAUCAGGCACCGCAAUUUCGUGAAGAUGAUCGGAUUUUGCGAGUGGAAGAAACACAGAUUCCUCGUCCUCGAGUUCCUGAGCAAUGGGAGCUUGAGCGAUGUGCUGCACAAGAAGAACGCCGAGGGCUUACGCGACUGGAAUUCGAGAUACAAGGUGGCAGUGGGCAUAGCUCACGGAUUGGAGUAUCUGCACUUCGACUGCAAACCGCAGAUCAUACAUCGGGACAUCAAGUCUUCAAACGUCUUACUCGACGACGAUUUCGAGGCUCAAAUUUCCGACUUCGGUAGCGCAAAGCUUCGAGACAAGUCGCACCUGAAUGGUUCCACGUCCAAGGUUGUGGGCUCACAUGGAUACAUGGCACCAGAGUGUGGGUACUCCCUGCAGGUGAGUGACAAAGUUGACGUCUACAGCUAUGGAGUGGUGUUGCUGGAGCUUCUGACAGGGAAGCACCCACUUGAUCACAGCUUUGCGGUAGGGACGACUCUGGUAACGUGGGUAGAGUCCAAUAUCAGGGAGGCAAGAUUGUCGCAUGAGGUACUACUGGAUAAGAGGCUGCUGGACACUGGAGACGAUCAUGUCGCGAAGGAGCUGCAGCUAGUCAUGCAGAUAGCAGUUCUAUGCACAAAGGAGCUUCCUGCAGAACGACCUUCCAUUCGACAAGUUCUGAGCAUGCUGCAACAAGUCCGAGCACGUUGAGAGGGCCUGGAGGCAGUAAAGUCAAGUGAUUACGACAGAGUGUGGCCUAUAGUUACUGUGUUUUCCUCCAGGAAAAGACAGUAACUAGCAGGAAGAAUGCAGAUUUGCAUGGACCAUUGUCUUUUAAGCUGAAAAGCGUGCUUCUGUUCUACGAUGCACAGUAGCAUGAGGGUCCCUGAAAGUGAAGCAGAUACACGUGCGGUGAAGAUCCCUGCAGCUGGCGUUGGUGUAGAUCCCUGUAAUGUGGAAUCUCCGUCGCAUGUUUGUAUACUGCCUCAUAGCCUAUGAGGCAGUAUAUGAGUUUUAGGGUCGUCACCUAUGAGUCAUAGGUGACGUAAUUAGUAAUAGACAUUGUGAUUCAAUUGGAACUAACCCGAGCCAUUUUUCUUCAUGGGGUCUGCUACCAUUUUUUCCUUCUCUUUUGGCCACUGGGGACACCGUCUGAAGAUUUAUAAUAUCUUUAGGAAAGUUAGACUAUGGCAACACGCAAAGUGGGAGUAGGAGCUCCUCACGCAGCUUUCGUUAGCAUGGACUACUUCAGUGUUGAUUAAAAGAGUACAAGCAAGCCCCUAAAUUGUGGGACUCAUCGCCUUACGUAGAACUUGUUCGCACUACGGUUGCCUAUAGGAUUCGGUAUAUGUCUUUUGCUUCUUUCGUAUUGAUCUUCAUUAUACUGCAGUAGAUGUAUGCCCAUGAGGCAGGUUUUGUUCAGGCUUUUAGUGAGGAUCACCUAGUUAUUUUGCUUGCAACCUUACUUUGUAACUAAACUACGGGCCAACUAGUUAUUACAAAAUAAUGGGCUAGAUCCCACAGCCUAAUGAGAGUUUUAGGCUUUCUUACACUUACCUCCAAUAAACAAAG